AUGACAAUGCAGCAGUACUGUAGUAUCGAAAGCGCAAGAAGGCUACAGGAGAGGGAGGCGCGGGAGAGGGAGGCGUGGGAGAGGGAGGUGAGACGCAUGCAGGAGAGGGUGAAGAGGGAGGCGGCGGUCGGUGGUGAGGGGAGGAAAGGGUGGUUGAAGCGGCAUGUGGCGAGGAUCGCGAGGAUCUUACAGAGGAUAAAAUCGAUGAGAGUCCGGGGGGGAGCGGGUGAGGGCACGGCGAAUGAGGGCGCGGCAGGGUGA